GCGCGGAGGAACCCAAAUAUAGCUGAGAAGAACGUCUCUUGUUGCGUCGUUCCCAGCCCCCUCCCCCUCUUCCAACUCUGCUUCUUCUCUCGUCCUCCGACACGAAACAGAACAAGGACUGGGUUGUGAGGCUUAGCCGAGGCGAGGGAUUUUUUUUACCGGGAGGGAAGAAAAGGGAGGACCUCAUCGAUCAUGGCAGGGCGAAGACAGCAGCAGGGGACGAAGCUCGCGGCGCACCGCCUCCUCGCGCCGCCGGCCGGGGUCGCUGCUGCCGGGUGCGACGCUGACGAGCUCGACGAGUCCGACGUCUGGGGAUGCCCCGCCGAGCCGGGCCAGGCCGAGUUCGCGAAGCCGGUGCCGUCUUCCGCGCGCAGCAGGGGGGGACACCCCAGGGUAGGAGAUCGCCCCGCCGCCGCCUCCUCCUUGCCGGUGAACAUACCGGACUGGUCCAAGAUUCUGGGCAACUGCUACGGCGGGAGCAACAGUAGCUCCAGGGACUGGUGGGAGGAGGAGGACGACGAGGACGGCGGCGUCGGCGGCAGCGUGGCGGGGCCAGUAAUCCCCCCGCACGAGCUGCUGUGCCGGAGCCGGGCGGCGUCGUUCUCUGUCCACGAGGGGGUCGGCUGCACCCUCAAGGGCCGCGAUCUCAACCGGGUUCGCAAUGCCAUCUGGGAGAAGACGGGCUUCCAGGACUGACCACUUCGUUCGACCAUGCGUGCAUGCAUGCAGUCUUAUGGUUUCAUACGUAUCACCACUUUGGAGAGAGCAAAGAGAUAGAUUGCGAAUGAGCGAGCUUUUUUGUCACCAAAACUCCCUUUCUUUUUCCUUCUCUUUUUAUAAUAUAUGGAUGUCAUCUCAUGUAUUCUUUCUUUC